AUGGAAGCCGAGGAUAGCGUGGAGGCCUUUCAGGAGUGGCUGGUCGCGGCACUGAGCACGGAACCCGUCGGCAGCGGGCGGAACCGGGUGCCGACAGACGGGACCAGUGCGGGCGCGCUGACGCGCCCAACCCACCCACUUGGCGUCGAGCCGGGCGCCGCGGCUGAACCGCCUGCCGCGGCUACAUCCAUGGAUGUGGGCGUCGCGAGGCGCGCUGCGGCGCCCAAGAAGGGCGCACGCACAAGCAAGGCCGGCGGCCGGUCCUCUCGUGCCAGCGGGGAAACGAGCCAGCAGAGGGCCCACCGGCUGUUUUAUGAGCGCAAGAAAGAACGG